CAGCCCCAUCGGCGUGGGGACACGGAGCUGGUGGAAUCGCGCCAUGGCCUGGGCCCCUCUCCUCCUCGUGGUGCUCGCCCAUGUCUCAGGUUCCCUGGUCCAGGCAGCGCUGACUCAGCCGCCCUCCGUGUCAGCGAACCCAGGACAAACCGUCCAGAUCACCUGCUCCGGGAGUACCUACAGCUAUGGCUGGUACCAGCAGAAGGUCCCUGGCAGUGCCCCUGUCACUGUGAUCUACUGGAAUGAUCGGAGACCCUCGGGCAUCCCUUCGCGAUUCUCUGGAUCCAAGUCUGGCUCCACAGCCACGUUAACCAUCACUGGGGUCCAAGCCGAGGACGAGGCUGUCUAUUACUGUGGUGGCUACGACGGCAGCAGCAGUGUAUUCGGGGCCGGGACCGUCCUGACCGUCCUAGGUCAGCCCAAGGUCUCCCCCACCGUCACGAUCUUCCCACCAUCCAAGGAUGAGAUGUCGACAGGAAACAAAGCCACUCUGGUGUGUCUGCUGGGAGACUUCUACCCCAGCACCUUCACGGUGGCCUGGUUGGCCGAUGGCCGCCCCCUCAGCAGUGGUGUCGAGACCAGUCAGUCCCAGCGGCAAACCAACAACAAGUACAUAGCCAGCAGCUACCUGACGCUGAGUGUCUCCGACUGGAACAAGUACAAAACCGUCACCUGCAAGGUCAUGCACGAGGCCGGCAAUGUGGAGAAGACCGUGGACAAAUCCGAAUGCUUCUAACCCCGCCGGGACCUCCCCGCGCCUGGCAGGCCCUUGCCAGCCCCCUCCCUCUUCUCUGCUGCUGGGAACAGUGGCUCCCCCUCUGCCACAAAUGUCUCUCCUCACAUCCCCCUGUCCCCUGCUCCUGUCCCCCCACCCUGAGUGUCACACAAAUAAACACAGACACUGAACUAG